AUGGCAAUUGCAAACUACAAGGAUAAUUUAAUGAGACUCUGUCUCGACAGAGGCGCACUGAUGUACGGCGAGUUCACCCUCAACAGCGGUCUCAAAUCGGAUGUCUUCUUCAACUCCGGCGUACUGAGCGACGCAGAAUCGUUCUCUGCGCUUGUUGAUGUGCUCGUUCAGCUGUUGAUCGACGAGAAGCUCGACUUCGACGUCCUCAUCGGGCUCCCUUACAAGGGCAUAUCUAUAGUCGCCGCCAUGGCUGUCAAGUACUGGGAGCACACGGGGAAACGAGUCAGCUUCGGCUACCACCGGAAGGAGCCGAAGGACCACGGAGAAGGGUCGCUGUUUGUGGGCGCUCCUAGCGCCUUCGCCCCCGGGACCAAAGUCGUCGUCAUUGACGACGUGUUGACCACCGGGAAGGCGCUGUUCAAGGGCAUCGACCUCGUCCAGCCGUUGGGAGUCAACCUGGUCGGAGUGGUGGUCAUACUCAACCGCGAACCCACACAUGGAACGGUUGCACAAGCGCUCGCCAAACGCGGAAUACCGGUGCUGUGCGAGGCGUUCACGCUCAACGAACUGCGAUCGUACGCGCAGGAGCGCAGCUGA